UUUUUAUUCCUGCAAAUGCAGUUUGCGAAUGUUAAAAUUGGCUUCCCAUCAAACGGAACGAGCAUGAAUGACAUUGACAACAUGUAAAAAUAAUUUGAAACGUCAUUCCAAGAAAAUUACAAGUUGUAACGUAGAAAUUUAAAUUUGGAAAGGACGAAAAUGGUGUAGGUGGAAAAGAAACGUGCGAAAAAUUAUCAGUGGUUGUAAGAAAUACACAAGAAGAAACCUGUUAGUUUGCAUAGGUUCGAAUAUGUCAAAUUGUUUUUCGAGCGGAUGGAAAUUCGUUUCGCAGUCGACUCUAUUGAGAAAUCGUCCGUUGAAAAGUGUCCCACAGCUGAUUCGACCCCAAUUAGAAUUGACUCGCGACUGCUAACACUCAAGAUCGUACCUCUCGUCACGAACAUAACAACAAAGGAAACAAGAACCAGAAGCGAUUUGUUGGUCGGUGAGGAGAAGGACAGUAGUAAAAAGUGGUCGGAAAAGAAUGUCGUCGGUGUUGUCCGUUUGAGUGGACACAUCUAGAAGAAGUGGUGUAAAAGAAAACAAAGUCGAGGUUGGUUGAAGGAAAAGUGGAUUUUUGCUUGUCAUCACGUCGACGACGAGGACGGCCACGACGACGACGACGACGACGACGACGACGGCUACGACGGCGACGGCGACGGCGACGACGACGACGACAUCAUCAUCAUCAUCAUCAUCAUCAUCGUCUCUUUACUAGGUUAAGUCUGUGUUGGCGUCACACAGAACAAGAAGAUGUCACUGAAACCAAGAACGGUCGAUUUCAACGCCACUUGGGGCCAAAUCAAGGAAACGAUCCACGGAGUGAUAACUUUGAAAAAGGUCGAGCGUCCCGUUUGGAACGACCGCUUCUCCGACGUGUAUUCGUUGUGCGUGGCUCAUCCGGAGCCGCUCGCCGACAGACUCUACGCCGAAACCAAACAGUACCUCAUCGAUCAUGUGGCCAAGCUAUUGAAUCAGGUACAGGCCGACGGUGACGACAAGUUGGUCAAGAACUACUUCACCUAUUGGUUGCAAUACUCGAAGGGCAGCGGAUAUUUGCACAGUUUGUAUUUGUAUCUGAAUCAGCAGCACAUCCGGACGCAAAAACUUUCCGAUGCCGAAAUUAUUUACGGCAGUUCCGACACAAGUUCAGGUUGGUCUUUUCACUGUCGAGAGACGAGAUCGAAGCGACUAUUUGUUUUUGUUUUUGUUUUAUUCGCAGGCGAACAGAUGGAAAUUGGAGAAUUGGCUUUGGAAGUUUGGCAAUCCGGGAUGAUCGGUCCGCUUGGUCAGAAAUUGGUGAGCCUCCUGCUGAAGGCCAUAGAUGAAGACAGAGCCGGACAGUCUUUGAGCAUAUCGAUUGAAGCUGUUCGCGGCACCAUUCUGAGCUUCGUCGAGGUUCAGGGCUACAAAAAGAAGGGCGAGCUACAGCUGUAUCAGGAAUUGUUCGAGGCGCAUUUCCUGGACGCGAGCGGAGAGCAUUUCAAACGGGACGCCGCGAGAUUGUUGCAGGAACGCGACGUCAGUCUGUAUAUGGAGAGGGUGAAGGCGAAAAUCGACGAAGAACUGAUGAGAGCGAGAAAAUUUCUGCACAACAGUUCGUGGCAAAAGGUCUCGAGUCGGUGCCAGACUCACAUGGUCGCCGAACAUCUGCCGUUCCUGUACAGCGAAUGCAUGAACAUGGUCCAAAGCGAGCGGCGCAAGGAUUUGGGCAACAUGUACGAUUUGCUGCACAGCGUCCAAAACGCCAUGAUCGUUUUGGUCGAGACGAUGUUGGAACACAUCAAGACGCAGGGCUUGGCGGCGAUCGGGAACUUGCAGGGCGACAACGUGCACGUCACCUUCGUGGAGAAUCUGCUGGCCGUCUACAAAAAGUACAGGCAACUGAUCCAGGAGGUGUUCAAGGGCGACCAGAACUUCAUGGGCGCCCUGGACAAGGCGUGCAGCUCGGUCAUCAACCACAGACCGAACAUGGGCAAGACGGCGUGCAAGAGUCCCGAACUGCUCGCCAAGUAUUGCGACACGCUGCUCAAGAAGUCGAGCAAGGGCAUCAGCGAGAGCGAGGUCGACGAGCGCCUGGCCGAGAGCAUCACCAUAUUCAAGUACAUCGACGACAAGGACGUGUUCCAGAAGUUCUACUCGCGCAUGCUGGCCAAGCGACUGAUCCAUCAGCAGACGCAGAGCAUGGACGCCGAAGAGGCGAUGAUCAACCGACUGAAGCAGGCGUGCGGGUACGAGUUCACCAGCAAGCUGCACCGCAUGUUCACCGACAUGUCGGUCAGCGCCGAUCUGAAUAACAAGUUCGCGGCCCACCUGAAAGAGUCCUCCAUCGAUCUGGGCAUCAAUUUCACCAUCUACGUGCUGCAGGCGGGCGCUUGGCCCCUCGGUCAGGCCGUCGUCACUCCGUUCGCUCUGCCGCACCAGCUGGAGAGGAGCGUGCAAAUGUUCGAGUCGUUCUACCAUCAGGGCUUCAGCGGACGCAAGCUGACGUGGUUGCAUCACUUGUGCCAGGCGGAGCUGCGACUGGGCCACCUGCGCAAGUCCUACGUGGUCAACGUGCAGACCUUCCAGAUGGCCAUCCUGCUGCUGUUCGAGACCACCGACGCACUGUUGUGUCGCGACAUCCGCGAGACGCUCCAGCUCAACCAGGACCAGUUCAACAGACACGCGGUCAGUCUGGUCGAGAGCAAACUGCUGUUGGCGGACGCGGAAGAACUCACGCCCGAAGUCACGCUGCGACUGAACAUGGACUAUUCGAACAAGAGAACCAAAUUCAGGAUCACGGCCGCGGUGCAGAAGGAGACCACGCAGGAGGUCGAACAGACGAUGAACUCGGUCGAGGAAGACCGGAAAAUGUACCUGCAGGCGGCCAUCGUGCGCAUCAUGAAGUCGAGGAAAGUGCUGAAACACAACUUGCUCAUCCAGGAGGUGUAUGCCCAGUCGAAGGUGUCGUUCGCGCCCAGCGUGCAGCUGAUCAAGAAAUGCAUCGAGUCCUUGAUCGACAAACAGUACAUCGAAAGAACGCCGCACUCGAGCGAGGAAUACAGUUACGUGGCUUGAGCUGGUCGCCCCUUUCUCUUCCUCCUCCUCCUCCUCCUCCUCUUCUUCUCUCCCCCUUUCUUCCUGUCACUCUCUCCCCUUCUCGCCCCCAACUCUAUAUAUUUAUUGUCAGUCAGUCAGUCAGUCAGUCAGUCAGUCAUGCGAAUCGUGCUGCGGUCGUGCCUCGACCAUGUAACAUAUUGUAAAUAUUAAUUUUGUGUAAAUCUCGUAGUUUUCUUGUUGAGUUCGUAAUUGAACUACUUUAGAUUAUAUUAUUAUUAUUAUUAUUACUAUUACUAUUAUUAUCAUCAUUACGGUUAUUAUUAUGAAUUAUAUGCGUCAGAACCAUGUAAAUUAUUUGUAUCCAUUCAGAGAUUUGAAUGUUUUUUAAUAAAGAAAGAAAGAAAGAAAGAAUGAAAAAA